CAAGUGGGAGGCUUUUUCUUUCCCCUGGUUACAGUUGCUAGGAGACAGUAGCAUACACAGAAAGGAGAGAGAGGAGCAAGAUGGCCACCAACUACAGUGCAAACCAGUAUCAGAGCGCCUUCAGAUCCACCAACCUGCAGAGCUGGUCCGUCCCCAAGCAGUUCAAAGAGCAACCCUCAACUCAUGAAGGCCAGACUCAAUUCAUUGCCAACGACCGUGGUCAUCUACUUCCUGGAGUCCCAAAGUCAAAGGCCAGUCCGUGGGGAACAUUCAUGGGCACGUGGGACAUGCCUCUAAAGAUCCCUCCAGCCAAGGUUACCAUGACCUCCCGCUCAGCCCAGGCCUCCAAACGCCUUACAGACUGGAUCCACAACGCGUCUCCUCUCAUCACCUCAUGUAACGGGCUGCGUCCACAGAUCACCGGAAAGGUGAGAUGCGCUUCAGAAGACAUAGAUGGUGAACAGAAACACAGCAGUCGUACCAUUCAAGAAAACCGUGCGUCUCCACUGGAAACCGUGAACAAAACCAUCACUCCUGGGCCUCCACCUCAGAGCCAGGAAGGCUCUGGUAAAGCCAGCCCGGUGAGCUCAAAAGGCAGGAUGGAUGAGGAAAGAGCCGGGAGCGGACAGAGAAGACCUCCAAGUUACGUAUCCCAUAGCAAAAACCCAAUGAGAGACAUUUGAGUCCUGUACAAUGUCGAGUGAUGAAUCAGAUAAUAUGUUGGUUAUUAGGACCCCUCAUCCAGAACAAAACAUCUUAAAAUAAAGCCUUGUGUUAAAAAUG